UACGCACGUGCAUGUGCGUGCAAGCAGGAGCGAGCGGCGAUGACUCGUGCAGCAGCAGCAGUAGCAAUAGCAGCAGGAGCGGUAAACGCUACCGGCACGACGACGACGACGACGACGGUUUUUCAUCUUGCCAGUAAGCCUUCCUGCUCCCACGAGAGCGGGUCGAUCGGCCUCUUUUACUCGCCGCGUUUUCCGCGGCCGAUCUUAUCUACGUCAGCUGUCACACGCGAGGAUGAAGUGCCGCUUAACGAGCCGGGUCCCGAGGAUGAUGCGCAUCGCCCUCGUCCUCGGGGUGGCGGUGGUGCACGCGUCGCCGGCCGAGCCCUUGCCCUCCAGCCUGCUCAGCGGAAUCGGUAACGUCGCGAAUACCGCAACCAAUUUCCUAACGGGAGUCGUGCAACGGCAAAAAGAACUAUUGCAUCGCGUUACGGACACUGCCGCGGACUACAUAACCAGCGCGGUGGAAAAGCCGAGAAAUUUAUUGCUUAAUGCUACCAGAGUGACGACCGGAUAUAUUGACAGUGCAGCCUCGAUAGGUCUCGAGUUCAAGCUGAAAAGAUUCCUAGAGAAAUUCCGCACUCGGAUGCGCAAUGGUAUUCCGGAAUUAGGCAUUCCUCCGUUGGAGCCGUUCACUCUCGACGAGAUCGACAUCGACAUGGACAAUCCAGAAAUUGGAAACAUAUCCUUAGUAAUCGAGAACCUGGAAAUGAGGAACCUAUCGACUUUCUUGAUCGACCGAGCCAAGUUAUCGCUAAUCGGUCCUACUAUCACCAUCAACAUCUCCAUUCCGGAGAUUUACGCAUCGGGGCAUUACAACAUUUCCGGGGUACUGGGCGACACGUAUCAACUACGCGGCGCGGGCUCUUUCCAAACGAUCGUGCGCGACUUCCGCGCUUACGUGAACACCGUACUGGGCUACGCCAGAGGAAUGUAUUUGAAGAGAUUCGACCUCGACUUCUCGCUGCGCACCAUCAAGAUGCACUUGGAGAACUUUAUGGGCGGCGAGGGAAUCGCACAAAUUAUGAGCAAGGUCUUCGAGGAUUUAACACCGGAAGCACUGGACAUCAUUAAACCGGACAUAUUGCCACCUAUCCAGGAUCACGUGGCGAGCCACGUGAACGAGACGAUUCGUCAUUUGACUAUGAGGGAUCUGUUUCGCGUUCUCCUGGGGGAGUACGAGUUCGGUGAUAUCACGCAUCUACUGAUACCCUGAGGAGCCAUCCGCGAAAAAUGUGCAACCAUCGAAAUGCACCGCCCGAAUUAUCGGGUCGCGCAAUUACGAGCGCAAUAACACGAGCUAAAUGUAUCUGACAAACGCGUCGUCGUCCGGGGGUCUUUGUUCGAGGUGUGAGGGAUCGAUUGCGAACGAAGUACAAUGCACCGUGGUGUUGCUACGGAGCGUACAAUACCCGCGACGACAAUAAAACGUGGCGGGUCGAGUCGAUUUUGAAGUCGGCUUUGUAUUACGUAAUACGCGUAGACCACUCGAAGGUCUUCGACUACCUUGCCUGAUGCUCAUCUUCGAUUACCCAUUGUCUUGCCGAGGAGGGAGUGUCUUACGCGCGACGGUGCGAGUUACUGACUUCCUUUCGUUUUAUUUUUCUCUCUUAAGUAAAGUUGAAUUAACUCUUUUCGAAAACUCCCCCUUUUCCGCGAUAAUUAAUUCGCACAAACGAUUCUUAUUGAAGAUUCAAAAGUUGGAUCCGCACUGCUCGUUACAAGAAAUUAAGAACUAGUUUACGCCGUAGCUCGUAUGCACGCGAUUUACAUGAUUCGACUAUACAGUAACUCAUCUCGUUAGCAUCUGCUUAGGAAAAGCUGCCGACGGCGUAAUUCCAUGCGAAGACACCGUAUGGUCUCUCAUCACCCAGCCCGCGAGUGCACCGGCGAAAGAGGCGAAAUGUUUAAUUCAUCGAAUCGCUCGGUGAAUCCCGGCGCAUCUCUAAUCCGCUGAUAAACACGAGCGAAAGUAUUACGACCUUGAAUGACGAUGGCGUCCAAUCUUCAGCAUUGCGAAAUCGUCGCCAGCCGUGUUCAUCCACCUAGGUGUCGGUGAUCGAUGAUGAACGAGGCGAAACCGUGGAGAGACGAUUUUACAGUGAUGAAAAACUAUUAGCAAAAUGACUCGCCAUUUUUUUUUCUCGAAACUGUUGUACAGGGUAAGGCACUCGAAUCUUUCAGCGUGUGCCAUUCAUCGCGCAUCAAUUUUCAUUGGUUGCUGUAUAUUGCAAAUAAUAAAUUUUGUCAACUCUACGAAAAUAAAGUCAAUGAAAAAUCUAUUCUUGCUUUCAAUUAUCGCUUUAUUUUUUUAAUACAAGUAAAUAUAGUAUUAAUUUAAUUAAAAAUUUGAUAAUAAAGAUAAUAAUUGUUAAUGUUUCACGUAUACUUACAACAUUUCUUUAAUAAUUUAUAAAUUCUUCUUAGUGACUAUGACUGAAAUUUGUCAAAUGCUUUUCAAACUCUUAAGUAAUUCCAAAAACAGAAUAUAAUUUUUAAAAAAAUUUCUAUAUAUAAAGUCGUUUAAUUGUAUAAAAUUUCCUAAAUUUGGGAGCGCUACGUAUGACAGUUUCUACUUCAAUAUUACUUUCUACUUUCAAUUUCUAAUUACCAAAGAGAUAAUAUUUCAUAAUAUAAAAUGAUUAUUAUCUAUGUAUCGCAUUAGAAAAUUAAUUUAUAAAUUUAUUUGUUAAAAAAAUAAUUCGGACCAACGUUACAUCUGAAGUUAUUUCAAUAAAAUGAUUCUUUUUCCUUUUGCAAUUGCUCUGAUUAUCAAAAAUCAUUUGCAAUGAUCAGCACGUGCGGAUUAUUUUCAUGUUAGCGUUCAAAUUUCCGUCUAUAAAUUAUUAUGUACAAACGGUAUAUAAUAUGUAAUGUGUACUGGCACGUAUACAGUUUGCCGGAACAUCGUACACUAUUAAAUUAAUUGUUAUACUAUAAUUAUGUUAAACGCAAUAUGCGCCAUAAACGUCAGUUAGGAUUAUAAUUAUAAUUAAAAAACAGUGUGUAUGAAGAGUAGCGGAAUCAAUGUUGAUGUUUUGUUAACUGUUAUAAGAUAAUUUAGUGAUAAUGUGUAUAUUGUUAAUGGAACCGCAUUAUUUACUGAUUUAAAGAUUGUCGCUUUUUGUAAUAAUCAUAAAGUUUAUUAAAUAUUCAUGAUGUUACAGUUUUUGUACAUGUAUCGAAUCGCAAUUGUAAAAUUUUGACACAGUAACGAUUUUACGAUUAAUCGUUUCUACGUGGACACGAAUUAAUUAAAGAAACAAUUUAUUUUCCCGAUA